GUCGUGUAGGUGUGCGUGUAGCGGCGCUGGUGGGUCAUGGUGCGGGUCGUGUAGGUGUAUGUGUGGCGGCGCUUGUGGGUCGUGCCCCGGGUCGUGUUGGGUUGUGUUUGGUCGUGUAGACGUGCGUGUAGCGGCGCUGGCGGGUCGUGCCCACGCCCUCUUCACCCUGGGACUGCCGUUCAGUUUUCACGGAGCUAACGUUAUCAGUCCAGCUGAGAUUUGCAUUCGGGUUAGCUCAUAAUAAACACUGGAUUUUUGUUUUACAAAUCUGAAUUCGUGACAGAGCGAAUAAAAGUAACAGUACCUAGAUAUCUUUUUUUAAAUAACAAAACGAAACGUUUGGCACUGACUGCGCGUCCGUAAUCGCAUUACCCAGGUUAGCUGGCAUGCUAACAUGCUAACGGAGUAGCGGACUGUUCGUUUGGGGUUAGCAGCUAAGCUAAAAUAAGCUAAAAUAAGCUAAGCUAGCGAGCAACUUGGCGCAAGCCAGGCCACUGGUGACUGAAUAUGCCGAUUGGUUCCCACUAAAACUAUGGAGCUGUACUGGUACAUAGUUGUUAUCGUUUUUAUUAUGAUAAAGAUCUUCUUCUACAUCUGCUGGUACCGCUCCAGACAGAGACAGCUGGCAGCGUACCUCAGUAACCCUCGCAAUGCCCAGAUUGUAAUAGUGGGGGGACGAGCCUACCUACACCAGAUGUGUGAGAGACAAAGUACGUCGAUCUGGCCCAGCUGGUACAGCGUGCAGGAUGAUGGCUCUGUCGGGGAACCCUCGGCCUCACUGCACCCGGCCUCCUCCCUCUCCCACCUGGACAUGCCUCCUCCGUACGAGGCUGUGUCUGGAGCGAAUGACCUGAAGCCUCCUCCGUACAGCGAGUAUGCUCAGAGCGACGACACUGAUGCCUCCCAGAGCGUGCCCAUCCUAGAGGGAGACCCACCCCCUUACACCUCCAGCACCACCUCUCCUGCCAGCCUGCAAGCAGAUACCAGCAGUCAGUGCCAACCGGAGCCCGAAAGGAGAGCCAGUUAAUCUGCUUCUCAGUUCCAUCCGUUUCUGACCUGAACACAGCAAGGGCUACACUUGCCCACACACCUUUAAACCCCCCCACCCACCCCCCCUGUUUUCAAAUUAGGGCUUUUCCUCUAGCGGGGGUGUUAUUGUGCAUACAGGUUUUUGUUUUAAGGGUUCUGCCCCUUUGAUAAGAAUCAAGAGAAUUUGGUUUGUGACGUGUUAUGAGAAAUGAAAUGCUUUGCUGCCCUCUUAUGGUAUGAUGUUGUACUGCGAGACCUCGUCUGGGUGCUUUGAGCUCACCCAUGCCUUAUUGUGGUUUCUUCUUAUAUAACCAGCAUUAUUCUUACUCAUGUAACACACACACACACACACACACACACAUCACGUACAGUAAUCUAGUCCUAUAUGCAUUUCAGCUUUUCUGACGGUUCUUUCUUCCUCGAAAUCCCAAGGACUGAAGCUGUACGUUCAGCGUCACGUCCACUGUACAUUGUGCGUGGACUUGUUGAUUGGUUGGUGUGUUGCUAAGGGCAACCUCAUCAGAGUCACAGCUGGUGAUAGUUUCUUUGAAGGCCCAAAGGAAGAGGCUUCUGUAUGGAGGUUCAUCCUCGCUCUCCUACAUAACCUCAGUUUAUAUGUGAUGACAAUUUCAGAUACUGGCCCUCGGCACCUCUUGUCUUGUAAUUGCCUUACUUUUUUGUUUGUAAGUGGCAGGUAUAAUCAUGGAAGUGGGUGUGGCCUCUCAGCUCGUGAGGGUGCAUGUAAAUGCAGAGGAUGUGUCUGAGCCUGUGGAGUGAUGGCAGUGAUUUCUAUGCCCCAAUAUCCACAUUAAUGAACCGUGUGGGGGUGUCCGUGCCUGUGGUAAUGAUGUGUGUCCGAUGUGUGACCUAACACAUUCUGUUUUUUCGUAUUAGUGUUUUGAAUUGAAUUCGGCUGCAUUCAAAUCUGCAGCUGUCAAACUUUCAGGUUAAAAUAAUGGGAUCAAAACUUUUUUUCUUUUUUUUUUUUUAAUUAAACCAUCAAGAUUAAAAAAAAAUACCUGUACAUGCCGUCAUUAUGCAUCUCCUUUAUGCCAUAAUUUGAUAUACUCAUUGUUUUUUCCUUCAAGUCUUAAUACUGAUUAUUGUAAAUGAUUGUUUAAGUCAAUGAACUGUUCAUAUUGAGGUUUGGGGGGUUUUUUUUUUUUUGGUUUUUUUUGUAUUUAUGACAACCUUGUCAUCACAUUUCUAAUAAACAAUGAGGGGAAAAUAUGA